AUGAGUAGUGUGGACUGCGUCUACUGGCAUGGGUUGAGUGCCUCCCCCUUAUACUUCGCUGGGCGGGCUGGCCUUUUGGGCCAUGCCAAUAGCCCAGGCAUCUUCUCUGUGCUGAAUAUAUGUUCUGCCCCAGGAGUCUCGGGACGCUACGUAAGCGCAGUGGCAGAGACCAAAAUUGGAAACUUGUUCUUGACUUUUUUUGCACUUAGGAGGACCCGGUUUACCGUCCAAUAUAACAACUGUUAUAGCUGCGAAUACUUGAAUUGGAGGUACGAGAGCACUCUUUGGCCCUGUGAUCAUGGCCCCGAGCUCUGGAAAACCCUCUUAAAUUGCACCUCGUGUGUAAAGCAGAGUGAAGUUCAGAAAAGCGACUUUAUGAAACCGCGCUGGGGUCAGGAAGCAACCACUCUAAGGACAACUUCAAGGUACUGUACCGCACAUUUCCCUCCCAAAUUUCCUGACCAAUGCAUAUAUUUUUACGGCAGUGAAUCUCUCAUCGAACAGUGCUUUUGUUCCACGGAUUACUGCAACACCUCAAUGAACCAUAAACCCAACUUACCUUUAAUAUUUUGUAUUUUCUGCAUGCUGAAACUGAGAAUGUGGACUUGUUACAGCUUCUAA